AUGUCCCCUCACACCAGAGACCAGGACAACACCUGCUGGUCCCCUCACACCAGAGACCACAUGUCCCCUCACACCAGAGACCAGGACAACACCUGCUGGUCCCCUCACACCAGAGAGCAGUUCCGCCGCUGGUCCAUCAGUGUGGGUCCGCGCCUGGAGGCCACUGCUGCCCCACAUGGUGCUGGUGUUCAGUCCUGGUUCUUCCGUGUGCAGAUGGACAGUUCUCCGGUGGAGGAGCUGAUGGAGAUCACGGCGCAGAGUCUUCUCGACCUCGAGAUCCACGAUCGAUUUAAAGUCGUUAAAGAAAUCGGGCGCGGGAAAUACGGCCACGUCCUGCUGGUCACACACCGCUGUAAAGGGACCCCGAUGGCCCUCAAAGUGAUGCCGAGGGCCUCCACGCAGCUGCAGGGGUUCCUGCGGGAGUACUGCACGUGUCUGCAUCUGUCCGGGCACCCGUCCAUCGUCACACUCUUUGGCAUCGUCUUCAAAACUGCAGAGUUUUACUGUUUCGCACAAGAACUGGUGACAGGACCAGACCUGCUCAACGUCAUACAGCCAAAGGUGGGCCUCUGUAUAAGUGUCCCUGUGCUCCCUCAGGUGGGCCUCUGUAUAAGUGUCCCUGUGCUCCCUCAGGUGGGCCUCUGUAUAAGUGUCCCUGUGCUCCCUCAGGUGGGCCUCUGUAUAAGUGUCCCUGUGCUCCCUCAGGUGGGCCUCUGUAUAAGUGUCCCUGUGCUCCCUCAGGUGGGACUCUGUAUAAGUGUCCCUGUGCUCCCUCAGGUGGGCCUCUGUAUAAGUGUCCCUGUGCUCCCUCAGGUGGGCCUCUGUAUAAGUGUCCCUGUGCUCCCUCAGGUGGGCCUCUGUAUAACCGUACCUGUGCUCCCUCAGGUGGGACUCUGUAUAAGUGUCCCUGUGCUCCCUCAGGUGGGCCUCUGUAUAAGUGUCCCUGUGCUCCCUCAGGUGGGCCUCUGUAUAACUGUACCUGUGCUCCCUCAGGUGGGCCUCUGUAUAAGUGUCCCUGUGCUCCCUCAGGUGGGCCUCUGUAUAACUGUACCUGUGCUCCCUCAGGUGGGCCUGCCGCAGCCCGCGGUGAAGCGUUGUGCGGUGCAGAUUUCCAGUGCGCUGGAGUUUGUGCACAGCCGAGGCCUGGUUCACCGCGACGUGAAGCCGGAGAACGUGCUGCUGCUGGACGCCGCCUGCAGCCGAGUGAAGCUGGCGGACUUCGGCCUCGCUCAGAGACGUGGCGCCUACAUCCGCUUCGUCAGCGGGACGCUGCCCUACAGCGCCCCCGAGCUGUGUGCGCGGGUACUGCGCCCUGACGGAGGCGUGGCCGCGCCCCCCCUCAGGGUGGAGCCCGCUCUGGACUCAUGGAGCUUUGGGGUCCUGCUGUUCUGCAUCACCACAGGCCUGUUCCCCUGGGAGACCUGCUGCCACAGCGACAGCUUCUACAGAGACUGGAGCGAGUGGGGCGGGGGGGCGGAGGGGGAGGAGGGGGAGGAGGGGGAGGCUGCCCCUCCCCUCUGGACCCGCUUCACUCCGGUGGCGCUGCAGAUGUUUCGGCAGCUGUUGGCGGUCGACCCGGAGCAGCGCAGCGGCGUGCUGCAGGUGAAGGCCUUUGUGCAACAUGAUUGGCUCAAACAGAACACGCCCCCAGAGCAGGCCCUGCCCACACCGCCCUGA